AUGUUCAUAAAUACCAUUCUACGUUCAAUAUCCCUCCUUGUAGCAUACCGCACUUGUGCAUUGGCCCAAAGUGAUGAAGAAAUCAAUUUCAAAGCCUCUGCUCCUACUCGAUCAGUCCCGGUGAACUUCACCAACAUAGGGCCCAUUGCAAUCUCGCUUGAGUUCUUUGCAUUUCCCGACUACAUGACAACUGUCCCCAACACAGCGGGGUGUAUACGAAAUCUAGCAGAUGCAAUUGGAACACAAAUACCUGUCAGAAUUGGUGGCACAACUGGAGAUUUUGGAGCCUAUGAUCCAAAUCUAAAAGAAGCAAUCCAUUACACCCUCUCAGCAGCCGAUAAGGGAGUACCCAAAACACUCACCUAUGGGCCCGAAUUCAUUCGUCUUGCAUCUACUUUGCCCGGUCCUGUCACUCUCGGUCUCAAUUGUAAAGCCAAUAACCUUCCAAACUCACUGCUAGCGGCUCAGGAGGCUGUGAAACAAAUCAAGAAUAUUCACGCCCUGGAACUUGGAAAUGAACCAGAGUGUAAGAGCACUCCUGCGCUGAAUCCUGUGGGAAGAAACUCUAUCAUUCAAGCUGGGAAUUAUCUGCAAAAAUUCCGCAUAGCUGAUCUUGCCAAGGCGGAACAAACGUCGGCGGUCUAUGUUAAAAGCUUUGGAGUGCACUCAUAUCCUCAAUUCGCAUGUGGUGGGAAACCCGACCUUCGUUCUUUAAUGAGUCAUUCAUCAAUUGUCGACUAUAUGAAUCACUUCAAGCCUGACAUACAAGCAGCAGCUGAUCUGCAAAAAGAUGUAUAUUUCUCCGAGACGAAUUCGGGUAGGCAAAUUUCAACGAUUUUCACCCGGUCCCAAGCCAUACAUAUGCUUAUUUCCUAUCUCAACCCCCGACUGCUAGUUGCUUGUGGAGGUGCUGGAAUCUCCCCUACAUUUGGAGCUGCACUGUGGACUUUGGACUAUAUAAUCCAAGCCCUCCUUUCUGGAAUCCAAUCUCUCUAUUUUCAUCACGGAACACUUGGAAACAGUGAAUCAUGA